GGUGGGAGGAGUCGCCGCCCUGCCCGGGGAGGGGCGGCCGAGCCGCUUCCCGGCACUGACCGGGCGGGCCGGUGCGUUCCGACCUGCGGGGACCCCGCUGACGGGGCCGUGAGGGAGCUCCCGGCGGCUGCAGGCGCACUUCGGUGCGGGAGGGCUGGAGCAGCACCUCGUACGGCAUCUCCGACCUCAGGGAACCCGCCAGCAUCGUCGCGUACCCGUGAAUUUAGGGCGCUUCGUGACCGUCUAGUCUCCUCUGCUUUCAGGAUGCCACUGCUUAGCUACAGCAUAAAAGCUGUUGAUUUGACUUGAGCAAAAAUUACCUAGCUCCAGUCUAACUAAAGCCCUCCAUAUAUAUUGUCCUGGGUGCUGACAGAGGAGUCUGCUGGAUUCAUCAGUCAGGCUGUCGGUGGGGCAGAAAUCACAAGGUUUAUGCAGGAAAAGGUAGACAGAUGAUGAAUCACUUCAUGAUUCUGGCAGUACUGCUCCCUCUGAGGACGUGCCACACUGCAUACUCACAGCAAGAAUCUGAUGUGUUUCCAGUGACAUACCUUAAUGUUUCCAAGGAUUUGGAUCUUCAGCGGCUGCUGGUGGAAUGGGAUGUUGUCAAGCCAGUGCAUGAUGCUGAGCUGGCAAUGUCUUUUGAGAUACAAGUCCGUCGAACCAAUGAAGUUGUGUGGACAGAGUUUCAAAAUGUCACACUUGAUAAAUUGGGAAAGCCUCUUCAUUGGACAUGGGAUUCAAACAUACCUUUGGAGUGUAUGUCACAUUCUGUGAGGGUCAGGAGCAAGGCCGAAACAUCAAAAAUCUGGAGUCAAUGGAGUUUGUGGGAGACUCUCCCAGGCCUGGACACUUCAAACAGAAGUGGGCCACAAAUCUUUCCGAAAGAAAAAAUUUUAGCAGAAGGCUCUAAUAUCACUCUUUGCUGCAUUGGAGGGAAAAGUCAAACCAUUAAAGAAUUCUCUGUAUACCCAACUGUUGAUGUUGUCAAGCGCACAAAGAAUCAAGUCAGACUUCUUACUGUGGGAAAUCUGUCACAUGACAAAGGGUCUAACAUUCAUGUCUACUGCUAUGAUGAGGAUAAGGGGUCUCAUGAAGCAGCUUUCUUUGUGGGUAAACCACCUGAUACACCUAAAGACUUUUCCUGCCAAACCCAAGACAUGAAAAGAGUAACAUGUACUUGGAGGAAAGAAGAGACCUAUCUCUAUGGAAAGAAUUCACCACAAUACACCUUGUCUAAAACGUCAUCCCAGAAAAUGGCUCUGUGCAAAGCAAGUUGUCCUAAGCAGUGCUCAUGCUCUUGGGAUAUAGGCCAGCAGUGGAUCUGGAAUGUCACACUGACUGUGGAAAACCCACUGGGAAAGAAAACUGCCACUGAUGUUUUUGAUGUAAAACACAGAAUGUAUCCCACUGCACCUUUCCAGGUUUGGGAAGAUUGCACAGAUACAGAAAUGACAUUACACUGGAAUUACAAAAACACUGAAAUUGAACUCUUUUGUCAGACUGAAGUGGUCCACCCUGAUGGCAAAGUAGAACUGCACAACAGCUCCGUGCCGGACUCACGGCGCGUCACCGUGCGCGGGCUGCGGCCGCACACGGAGUACACGGCCAGGGUGCGCUGCGGGGCGGCCAGGCACUUCUGGAGGUGGAGUGAGUGGAGCCAACCCCUGACCACCAGAACAAAGGAAGGAACUCCAUCAGGGAAACUGGACAUAUGGAGAGAAAUUACACCAGUUCUUGGGGGACGAAAUGUGACCUUGUUCUGGAAGCAAACACCAAGUUUUCAAGCAAAUGGAAAAAUUAUUUUAUAUGAAGUAACCUGGGAAAAAAUAGAAGAUGGCUCCCAGCCUGAAAGUGUCUCCUUUUCUUCAGUCUACAAUAGCACAAGGAUUUUCAUUGAUAACCAUUCCUACAGAAUCAGUGUCAUGGCAAAGAACAAUGUUAAUUUUUCACUUCCUUCAAUAUUGAUCAUCUCUAGAGCUACAGAUAACAGCACUGAAGAGCUUAAGGAAGGACAGGUUAAUGGUACAGAUGAUGGCAUUUUUCUGUCCUGGGAGCCCAGAAGUAUAUAUGACAGUUACAUUAUUGAUUGGUGUAGCUUUCCCAGGUUGCAGCCUUGUGAUUUGCAGUGGAAGAGAUUUGGACCCAACAUUUCCAGUGCUGUGAUCAGCUCAGCUGCUUUUGUGCCGGGGGUGAGAUACAAAUUCCACAUCUAUGGAUCCGUGGCUAAUAGAGCCUCCUUACUGGAAAAGAAGAUUGGUUAUCUUAAGGAGCUGCCUCCUCGUCUUGACCCUAUUGUGAGAAAAGUUGAUCUGACUUACAAUUCCGUAACACUGUCUUGGGAUUCUUAUCUCACAAAUGAGUCAGAGACUGGUUUUGUAAGAGGCUACCAUGUUUAUGUGUCACCUAUACAAGGGAACUGCAAUUUGAAAGGAUCAAAAAAGCACAUUCUUUCAGAUGAAUCGGAGCUAUGUAAAUACACAAUUGAAAACCCAGAAGAAAAGAGAUACACUGUGAAACACCUGAUGCCAAACACAAAAUACAAAAUUGUGGUUAAAGCAUUUACAGGUGGAGGAGAGACUCCCAUUGUUAACUUUAGAUACAUAGAUACACCAUAUAACUCAAACAUGCUGUACUUUAUAUUCCUGCUAGUGAUAGUUCCAACCCUUGUAGCAGCUAUUUGCCACUGGAAGAUGAAGUGGGUGAAGGAGUGGUGCUGUCCUGUAAUACCUAGUCCUAACAAGAGCAAAGUGCUGUCAUUCAAAGAGUUUAAGAUUGAUUCUGAGAAAGUGCUGAAGAUAAAUGACUGCCUUCCUGACAUGCUAGCCAUGGACAGUAAUGCUGAAGCUCAUAAAUUGCAUCCUGUUACCUGGAGCCCAGUAUCUUCAACACCAACUGAAGAUAACACUGAUGGUCACAAUUCUUCAUGGAUUUACUCUAGUGAAAAUGUAGCAAGAGACUUUCCACCCACAGCUACACCUCAGACUCAUACCUGUUUUGAGAAUUUUGCUUAUUCUUCUCCACUUGAGGCUGAAUCUGAUCCCUACCAAAUACCGGAGACACUUGAAGCUGGCAAGACAAACCAGGCAGUGGUGCUGUACCAGCCACAAUGCUACAUAGAUAUUUUUCAUGAGGAUGCAGCCUCCAUCACCAGAGAAACAGGUGAGAGAAAGAACAGUCUGAAAUACUUCUCUCAAACAGAUGCAUGCUGGCUGGGGGGGAGGCUUUGAUGUUGUGUCCUCCAGAGAGUCCAUCCGGUGUUUGGCCACACACUACAAAUGAGAAUUUAUAAAGCUACAGCUUCUUGUGAUUAGGGCUCUCACAAGCCCAGAUGCCUGACUUUCAUUAAUAACGGCAAAGCUGUUGUUCCUGGACCAGUUUUGAGUACUGAUUUGCACAGGAAUCGUCUGUGUUGUGGUUCCAUUACAACUUACGGGCAUUAGAUGAGAUUUAUAGGCUGGUUUGUGGCUUGUGUUAUGCAGCACGUUACAUCACAGCAAUCUGUCACAGGCUGAUGCAGAGAACUGCAUCAGAGAUUAAACUAUUCAUAAAGCAGAGGAGCAAAUGAAACAAGGGGGAAGGUUGUGCUGCUCAAGGAGUGUAUUUCUCUUGCAGUGUUCUGUGUACUCUGGCAGUCCCAGCGAAUGGAUACUGCUGGGCAUGGAGCAUUUUGGGGGCUGGGUUGUAUUUUCUGUCUCUCCAACGCUGUAAGGAAUCAUUGUAGAAGCCUUACCUGCACAUUGUGGCUCAUUCCUAGAAGAUUUGAAGGAAUUUUGACUUCCCCAGGAGUGCUGCCCAGGGCACCCAAAUCCAGUAAUCAUCCUUUUACUUCACCUGUGUCCCAACUACACUUGAUGUGUGAAAGAGCACAGAAAACAGAUUUUCUUAUGGAAGACCCUCGCUUUCAUUUCUUGUAACUGGGGCUCCUCAUACUUCUGCCUUCUCUGCCUAAAGACCCUUUAAAAUCGUCUCAACUAUACAUUGAAGAGAUGUAGGGAGUUAGCUGGAAAGGAGUUAAUUUUCCAGAAGGACAGAGGUGGUACCACAUGGCAAGGUCUUUGCUGGUGCACAUGAGCUAAACUUUUGGCAUUUGGCUUCCAUAGCAAGCCCCAACCAGCCAAACAACCAGACAUGGCUGGUGUAUGAAUCCUGUUUGUGAAGGACAUCAUAUUCAGACUGCAUGCAUGUAGAUCUCCCAACACUAAUUUCAUAUUUGUUAAAAAAACAAAACCAAAAAAUACUUAUUGUAACACUCAGAAUUCCUACAGUAGACAGCAGUGAAUUUGGCCUUUCAUUUUGAUUUCAGGAAAUUUGUAAUGAAGCAGCAGAGUUGGAAUUGCAGCUUGUCAGAUUUACCUCAGUGCAAAAGGAACCCUUUGGUUUUACCCCCUUAUGCUGUUUGGAAUUCGUCACAAAGGGAUGGUUUCAACUUACGAGCACAGCAUAAGCAACUUUCAAAGGUGAAACAAAUGAAGGGUGUCUGACAAUUUGAUGUUCAGCUUAUUUGCUAAAAUGCAGUUACUUGCCUUCCCUGUGUUUAACUAGCUAAUCACACUCCUAGAAACCAAACCAGCUGCAGACCUAGUGAAUUCUGAAACUGAACGAUAUCUAGUUUUUAUACUGUUGCUUACAGAUAUUGUUGUAAUGUCACAAACUGUGCUGCAACAGGAAAAGCAGUAAGGCCUUGCACAGCCUGUGGGCUGACACAAGCACUGCCUGCAGAGGGAGAAGAAAAAGGAGAAGUACAAAGAUACAGACACAGGGAUGGGCAGACGUGGUUGGAAGCAUUCAGGCCACACCCUGCCAUGCCCGUCUGUGUGCUGUGCACAGGUGCAGGUGGCUCACAGGCCUGAGAGGUAGAGAAGAGCUUUCAGCAUGGUCCUUCCUUCCAGCCUCCAGCAGCCAAGUAAGGAAACACAGCCGGGCACAUUCUGCUGAAGGGCAAGAGAACAGGGAGGGUAAGGGAGAAGGCUGAUUUGUCAGAUACAUCCCAGGGAAACUUCCUCCCUUUAUCUUAGCCUCUUCUUUGAGUAGCAAUGCAUGUGAAAGCUUGAUACCACAGUAUCUUUACAGCUUGGAACAUUUGCUUCUCCAGAAUGCUUCAUCACACUGUAUGUACUUGUGUAGCUUAAAAGCUUUACUGCUGGAAAAAAGGCGAGUAAACAUAAGGGAGCUGCUUUGUCACAACCAAUAUAAAACUUCUGAGCUGUACGUUUCAGAAGAAGGUGUAUUUAUUCUAAAAUGUUGAAAAGGUAUUCUAAUCAAGUAUGUACUGAGGAAUUCAGAUACAGAUGUCAGUCAAAGAAAUCAGCGUACAAAGCAUUUUAAAUUUUGACAUUGCUGCAGUUCUUCCUGCCAGGGGGACAGCUGCAACCUGGCACAACUCCCAGCUGUGAAAAAGCUGCUGUCACUGAGGCCUGGCUGCAGCAAUUCCAUGCAGGAGGUGAAUGAAGGGGUUUGUGGGUUCCACCAGUUGUGCCUUCCUGAUGGUGGGGUGAGACACACGGGCCUGGCUGAGGUCUCACCUCUCAAUGCCCUGGCUGUUCCCAGGGAGAUCCUCCUGCUCUGAUGAAAUUCCAUUAUCUGGACACAGUGACACACUUGACCACAUUCCAGGUCACUGGGUGAGGGAAGGAGAAGCGGGCUCCUCUUUCCCUAUAAUCCCUUCUGCUUCUUGGCUCCGAUGGGGGGUGCUUUGUGAAACCUCCUGUGCAUAAAAUGUACACAAAUGGAGGAUUCCAGGAAGGAUAAUGCCUCUGUGCCAAAGGGCACAGUCUGGGCACCAGAACUGAAGAUUAGAGAAGUAUUUUGGCAUAUGUGGAGAAGUGUGUAUCAUUUUUAUAUAUUAAAACAUCUGUCUUGCAUUAAUGGUUGAAUGAGUUCAGAACUGCAAUCCUCUAAUUUUUUUUGUUCAUAAUGCAACAUUCACAGCUGUUGUUGAAAUGCUAAUACUUAAACCAUCACAUAAUUAAA